CCAAGCCCUCCCUCGCCUUCGCCACCGUCACCCAGCCCGCCCUCGCCCAGCCCGCCGCCUCCAUACCCGGCUCCGCCCAGCCCCUCGCCUCCCGAGGUCCCCACUGCUCCUCCUCCCUACCCGCCACAGCCAAGCCCGCCCUCGCCUUCGCCACCGUCACCCAGCCCGCCCUCGCCCAGCCCGCCGCCUCCAUACCCGGCUCCGCCCAGCCCCUCGCCUCCCGAGGUCCCCAGCUAUCCUCCUCCCUACCCGCCGCAGCCAAGCCCGCCCUCGCCUUCGCCACCGUCACCCAGCCCGCCCUCGCACAGCCCGCCACCUCCAUACCCGGCUCCGCCUAGUCCCUCGCCUCCCGAGGUCCCCACUGCUCCUCCUCCCUACCCGCCACAGCCAAGUCCGCCCUCGCCUUCGCCACCGUCACCCAGCCCGCCCUCGCCCAGCCCGCCACUUCCAUACCCGGCUCCGCCUAGCCCCUCGCCUCCCGAGGUCCCCACUGCUCCUCCUCCCUACCCGCCACAGCCAAGCCCGCCCUCGCCUUCGCCACCGUCACCCAGCCCGCCCUCGCCCAGCCCGCCACCUCCAUACCCGGCUCCGCCCAGCCCCUCGCCUCCCGAGGUCCCCACUGCUCCUCCUCCCUACCCGCCACAGCCAAGCCCGCCCUCGCCUUCGCCACCGUCACCCAGCCCGCCCUCGCCCAGCCCGCCGCCUCCAUACCCGGCUCCGCCCAGCCCCUCGCCUCCCGAGGUCCCCACUGCUCCUCCUCCCUACCCGCCACAGCCAAGCCCGCCCUCGC